AUGGCAAAUAUAAGUACCAGCGGAAGCGGAACAUCACACCCACGACAAAGGUACACUCGGUCUUCCACUACGAGCGUUACACAGCUUUUGUCAGACGGAUAUUCCAGUAUCAUAAACCGGCUGACACGCAGAGGACCUUCUGAAAAAAGUGAUCACAUAAUUGACCCUAAGUUGACUGCUGCACGCACGCGUUACGAUGAUAAAAUUCUUUCUAGCAAAAACUCGGCUAUAACAAAUGUUCGACGUUAUGGUAACAAUAGAAACAUAUCACCGUUCAAGCCUUUUGUGUCUAGCAUAACACCGUCCGCGAAAAAGUUCGGCGAUGAACGGGCCUACUCGAGUUACCUGAACGCGCCAAAAAGUCGAAUGGAACAAUCACCUGUACAUUCAAACCCAAGUAUUAGUGCUCUCACACGCAAUGACUCAUUCCGCAGAGCUAACAAGAAAGAUAAUAAAUCGUCGCCGUUCAGUAAGAGAUAUCCUCUAAAGGAAACUAAUAAUAACAAUUUAGAUAGCACAAUGAUAUUAGGUAGUACACGUAGCCGUCUAGAAGAUAAAUAUUCAUCAGUUCUAGAUCGUAUUGCAGUACAAAAAAAAGAAAAAGCUAGAAAAGAGAAAGAAGAUCGUGACAAAACAUUAGAACCUGAACCAUCUUUUUCUAGAGGUUUAAUGAGAAGUUUUACGACCGCUGUAUUUGGUGAAAAUUCUUUUAAAAGAAAUAAUUAUUCAUGUGAGAAAACAAGAGAUAAGACCCCCUUUAGAAACACAGCAGAUCGCCGUUUAUCAUCUAGUCAUAAACAUGAUAAAAAUGAAUUAAAAAAUGGGUUUGAUGUCUUUCCUAAAGAACAAGCUCAAUAUGGAAAAGAUAGAGAUAGCAUAUACAGAAAACAUCACAGAAGAUCACUAAGAGUUGACAAAAGUGGCAGCGAUAAACGUAGUGGAAAACUAUCAUUAAGACCUGUCGAUAUAAGCUUACAAUCGGGUGCCAGAGACUUGAUCUCACCCGUGAUGCAAAAAAAUUCAGACGCUAAACUUACCUUAGCAAGAACACCGGUAUCUUCACCUGUUAAUGAAAGCGGUAGACAAAGGCAGAUUUAUUUUCCAUCCAGUGACGAAGACGACGAUAAGACUCCGGUCGGUGACCGAGUGCUUAGCGAACGCGAGACCCGGCGAAAAGAGAUUCAGAGCCUAAUUAUGAAAUAUGCUCAUUUAGAUGAAGUUUAUGGUCGAAUAACUGAGAAGGAGCCUAACGGAGUCUCAAACGCCCUUGUGACUAGGAAAAUGGAGCCCAUUGCUGUAGGCGACGUAGUAGCCCUGCCCCCUGAGCUACGCAGUCGACACCGCAUACAGAGGCCGCGGCACCUAAUGCGACGCGCGGCCACGCCGCCUAGCCCACCCGUCCGCCCUUUAACAGCAUGUACGACACACCAUACCAAUUGUCGCUUGUCUGACGGGCAACCGUUCCAUUGUCUGAUUGUUGGGUACAACACUACUCGGGUCGUGGCGAACGCGUGGCGCUCUCCGCUAUGGCUGGUGUGGCGUGAUGGCGUGUUGGCGUGGUGGCGUGUUGGCGCAUUGGUGUGCGGCGGGCGGCGCGGCGGCGUGACGGCGGCGGCCCUGCAGAGCUCCCGGGCACGCUCCUCCGUCAAGGACGACAAGGACGGACACCUGGUGUACUGGCCCGGAUAUGUCAUGGGAGCGAGAUACAAAAUCAUCGAAACGCUCGGUGAAGGUACCUUCGGCAAGGUGGUCGAGGUGAAGGACUUAGAAAUGGAGCACAGAAUGGCUCUGAAGAUUAUUAAAAAUGUUGAGAAGUACAGAGAGGCUGCAAAACUAGAAAUUAAUGUUUUAGAAAAGUUAGCUGACAUUGACCCUGACUGUAAAAAUUUAUGUGUUAAGAUGUUAGACUGGUUCGAGUACCACGGACACAUGUGUAUCGCAUUUGAAAUGCUCGGACAGAGUGUAUUCGACUUCCUGAAAGACAACAACUACCAGCCGUACCCGCUCGAGCAGGUGCGGCACAUCUCCUACCAACUCAUAUACAGUGUGCUCUUCCUCCACGACAACAAGCUGACCCACACCGACCUCAAGCCCGAGAACAUACUGUUUGUAGAUAGUGAUUACGAGGUGCUCAGCGUUUAUAAUAGCUCCAAAAAGAAACACGACCUAAGACGUGUGAAGCGUAGCGACGUGCGUCUCAUAGACUUCGGCAGCGCCACGUUCGACCACGAGCACCACAGCACCAUCGUGUCCACGCGCCACUACCGCGCGCCGGAGGUCAUACUAGAAUUAGGAUGGUCGCAGCCCUGCGACGUGUGGUCCAUCGGCUGCAUAAUGUUCGAGCUGCAUCUCGGUAUCACGCUGUUCCAGACGCACGACAACCGCGAGCAUCUCGCCAUGAUGGAGCGCAUCCUCGGACCCAUACCCUACAGAAUGGCACGAAAAACACGGACAAAAUAUUUCUACCAUGGCAAAUUGGACUGGGAUGAAAAAUCGUCAGCCGGCCGAUACGUUAGAGAAAAUUGCAAACCACUUUUGAGGUAUCUACAGAGCAACAGCGAAGAGCACAGACAGCUGUUCGAGCUGAUCACGCGCAUGCUGGAGUACGAGCCGUCGCAGCGCAUCACGCUGCGCGACGCGCUCAAGCAUCCCUUCUUCAGCAAGCUGCCGCCGCACCAGAGGCUAGGCAAUGACCGCGCGCGUUGCAACGGUGAGAGUUCAGGGUCCCGUGAGCGCUCGCACUCGCUGAGCAGG